AUGAAGAUGCGAACACUCUUCACCCUCGCCCGUGUCGGUGUCCUUACCGCGCUGGCAAUGGCCGUUUCUGCUUUCCCGGCUCCUGAGCCGCAGACUGCUAACCCUUCUAAUAUGCCUUCUGCCUCGGCCAUUCAACCCUCUUUGGCAUUCUCACCCCUACCGCCGCAGGCUUCCCUUGGUCCGCUCCCGCCGCCCGAGUGUGAGCCACGGACUCUUUGUGUUGAGGGAGUCAACAAAUGUGGCAAAUGGGAAGGAUGCUGGGACACCUGCAAGCCCUGGAUGAGCCCGACCGAGCCGGUGUGUGUGCCUUCUUCGACAUUGGUUCCGGCUGUGAACCCCACCGCCGAACCUAUUGCCACGCCUGCCAUAUGUGAGCCCGGCAUCAUGUGUGUCGCUGGCGUCAACGAAUGUGGAGUCACCUACUCUGGAUGCUACGACACUUGCACUCCCUCGCUGGAGCCCACAGCGCCCUCCUGCAUCCCAGUUGUUGAGACUCCAGCCGUUCCUAUAAUCACUUCGGUUGACGCUGGCUCUCUUGUCACACCUGCUGUCACGCCCGUUGUCACUCCUGUUGUAACUCCCAUCUUGACUCCUGUUUUGACCCCUGUCACAACUCCAUCCCCAACUGUUGUCAUCGUCAGCCCGUCGGUCGAUAUCUGCAGCACCAGGACAGUCUGUGUCAACGGAAUCGACGCAUGUGGACAAAAAUAUGGAGGUUGCGUUCUCGACUGCAAACCUUGGGCAAUCACCACGCCCUCGUGUUCCCUCAACAGCCUGGCCCAGAUGACAAUAGUCACUCAGCCGCCUUCCUUUACCACUGCGCUUGCAAACGCGACUCUGCUAGACCCUAUUGUUGAAAACUGCAGCUCGCGAACUGUAUGUUGGGAUGGAACCAACGAGUGCGGUGAGAUGUAUGGAGGAUGCUUUCCUGACUGCACACCUUGGCCAACAUUCUCUAAGCCACCCUGUCCUUCGAUUGAGGUUAAACCUACAACCUUUUCUACAAUUACCUCGCCUCCUGUCAUCAGCGGCACGGGUUUAGUCACCGGUGUCACUGGAACGAAUUGCUUCAAUCGGACAGUAUGCUGGGAGGCAGUCAACAACUGCGGUAUCCCCUAUGGCGGGUAA